AUGGUUAUGAAGUUGGUUCUUCUGCUCAUCAUCUGCUUGCUAUGCCUAUGCCUAUGCUUAACAGCUGAAGCAUCAACACCACUUGAAUAUCUGGUAAAGCCAAAUUGUCAGUCUCGAUGCGGAAACGUUGUCAUUCCCUUCCCAUUUGGGAUCGGGGAGAGCUGUUAUCUGAACGAGUGGUACUCAGUAAAUUGCAGCAACACUUCCGGUGCUGCAAAACCCUUCUUAAACCCUACUAAACUCAACCUGGAGCUGCUGAAUGUAUCACUGGAACACCAAACAGUGACAGUUUAUAGUCCCAUAGCUUCCUAUGAUCAGCAGAAAGGGAGCAGCGACUUGCAGACAAGUAUUCAUUUAGACCAAAGCCCGUUUCUGUUCUCGACGCUCGAUAAUAUAUUCGUGGUGUUGGGUUGUGGCCAUGCAAAACUCAUGGAGCAUGAGAAAAUCUGGGCAGGUUGCACCUCCAUUAAUUGCAGCGAUAGUUUUCCUGAUCAAGGUUGCUAUGGCAUCAACUGUUGCCAAACCACAAUUCCAACCAUAGAUAGCUACUAUCUGAGCACCUACAGUGUGAAGUUUACCCUAGAUGAUGAAGGAAACAACCACUCUACCUCCACUCAUGCCUUCUUGGUGGACAGAGACUGGUUUUCUCGCAACUUCACUGAACUGGAGGAUGUUAGUGUGAAGUAUGCUGCGUUAUCGUUGUUGUGGAUGAUAAAAGAAGGGGACAACGCCAACUCUUCUUGUAACGGCUCCGAUUACUACAGCUUGUCGAUUGGAUCUUAUGUUCAUUCUUCUUGUGGCUGCCCAUCGCGUUACGAAGGCAACCCUUAUCUUCACGAUGGAUGUGAUCAUGUUGUCAAAGAAUGUGCCAACUGUCUGGAGACAUGUGAUUAUAGUUACAUAUUCGACAAUCAAAGUUAUCGAAGUUAUCAUACUGAGUACUAUUGCAUCACAAAGGAUAGGUCGUCAAGACCUCUAAUUCUAGGUUUUAGCAUUGGUGGUGGAUCAUUAUUACUACUCCUUGGAUCUUUUGGCUUGUACAAAGUGGUGAAGAAAAAAAAAGAGAUUAGACUUAAAAAACGAUUCUUUAAACGAAACGGUGGUCUAUUGUUGGAACAACAAAUCUCUUCUGACAAAGUUGCUGUUGAGAAAACAAAAAUUUUCACUUCUAAGGAGUUGGAAAAGGCUACUGACAACUUCAAUUUGGAUCGAAUUCUUGGUCAAGGAGGUCAAGGAACAGUUUAUAAAGGUAUGUUAACUGAUGGAAGAAUUGUUGCAGUUAAAAAGUCAAAGAUAGUUGAUGAAAGCCAAAUAGAGCACUUCAUUAAUGAAAUUGUGAUUCUUUCACAAAUCAAUCAUAGGAAUGUAGUUGGGCUCUUGGGGUGUUGCUUGGAGACAGAGGUACCUUUAUUGGUUUAUGAGUUCAUUUCCAAUGGAACUUUGUUCCAACAUAUUCACAAUCAAGAUAGUGACUUCCCACUUUCAUGGAAAAUGCGUCUACAAAUUGCGAUCGAGGUAGCUGGGGCACUUGCUUAUUUACACUCAGCGUGUUCAAUACCAAUUUAUCAUAGAGACAUCAAGUCUACAAAUAUACUUUUAGAUGAUAAACAUAGAGCAAAAGUGUCAGAUUUUGGAACAUCAAGGUCUAUUUCUAUAGAGCAAACUCACUUGACUACUCUUGUACAUGGGACUUUUGGUUACUUGGAUCCAGAAUAUUUUCAAUCAAGUCAAUUUACUGAAAAAAGUGAUGUAUACAGUUUUGGAGUUGUUCUUGUUGAACUUUUAACAGGACAAAAGCCAAUUUGUUCAACAAGAUCACAAGAAGAGAAAAGUUUGGCAACACAUUUUAUUUUGUCAUUACAAGAGUCUCGUCUAUUUGAUAUUCUUGAUGCUGGGGUUGUAAAGGAAGGAGAGAAAGAAGAGAUCAUGGCUCUUGCUUACCUUGCAUAUCAAUGCUUAAACUUGAGUGGAAGGAAAAGGCCUACAAUGAAAGAGAUUACCAUGGAAUUAGAGCAUAUUAGAAUGUCUCUUCCACCUUUGAAGGUUGAGCAAAAUUUUGAAGAGAAUGCAUGCAUCGAAAUGGAAAUAAUAGGCCCUCUAGAUAGUACUUCAUCUUUUAGAAGGUCAUGUUUGAAUUACCCCAAAGCAUCUUCCUCAGAUGAGCAACCAUUGUUAUUUAACGCAUUAUGA